AUGCGUCCCCCUCUCCCCUCCCCCGCUUCUACCCUCCUCGCCCUCGCCCUUGCUCCCUGCGCACUGGCACAGUUCGUCCCCGCCCCAACAGACCUCAUCAAUGCCACGGGCUAUGCGGGCAUUCCGGUGCGCUAUAAAGAAGUCCCGACCGGUAUCUGCGAGCUGGAUCCUGAUGUGAAGAGUUACUCGGGAUACGCGGAUGUGGAUGUGGAUCAGCAUAUCUUCUUUUGGUUUUUUGAAGCGAGGGGCAUCGAUCCGGAGACUGCGCCGCUUACUGUCUGGAUCAACGGCGGCCCAGGGUCAUCUUCUAUGAUUGGUUUAUUCCGUAAUUCCUCCCUCCUCCCUUCCUUUAUUCGUCAGACUCAAGCUGUGUUUAUUGGCGCUCCCGAACAGCGUUUCAUCUUCUCGGCUCUUGCUGGCUCUGCGGAAAUCAAAGUACUUACUAACCCCUUGAUAGAAGAGAAUGGUCCUUGCCGUGUUGACAUCGACGGAAAUGUGUAUUCUAACCCGUACUCAUGGUCAAAUGCCAUCAUCGACCAGCCUACCCAAGUAGGGUUUUCUUAUAGCAUUCCUGUCAAUGGAUACGUUGAUUCGUCCAGCGGAGAUAUCGUUACGUUGCCCGGCGACGAAUGUCCAGACUACGCCGGCGAUACUUGCGGGACGUACAGUUACGGGAAUUAUUCUUUGACGGCAAACUCUACCGUUAAUGCAGCCCCCAAUUUUUGGAAAACCCUCCAGGGGUUCAUGGGAGCUUUUCCCCAGUACUCUAGAAAUGGGUUCCAUUUUUCCACGGAAUCCUAUGGUGGUCAUUAUGGCCCGAUCUUCAACGAAUACAUCGAAGAGCAAAACGCAAAGAAUAUAUCAGGCGCCCAUAAAAUAUCCCUCGAGUCUGUCUUGAUCGGAAACGGAUGGUACGAUCCUCUAAUCCAAUACCAAGCAUACUACAACUACACCGUAUUCCCGGGGAACACGUACGAUUACUCGCCGUUCAACGCUAGUGUUCAAGACCAGUUCUACAACCAACUGUACGGGCCAGGCAACUGCGUUGACCAGAUCAAGGACUGCGCAGCGAGAGGACUCAAUGACAUCUGCGAGUCGGCGGAUAAUUUCUGCUAUUAUCUUGUGGAAGAGGUACUGCCUGAUAAUACUGAUCGCGACGAAUACGAUAUCAGAGAGCUGCAACCUGAUCCUUUCCCAUACUCGUUCUACGUUGACUACCUCAAUACACCCGAGGUUCAACAGGCCAUUGGCGCGUACCAGAACUUUUCCGAAAGCUCAAACACAGUAAGCAACGCGUUCUCGGCAACUGGCGACGAUAACCGCGAAGUCGGCACCAUAGAAGCUUUAAGGAAGCUUCUCGAGCAGGGCAUCUACGUCCUCCUAUACGCCGGAGACGCCGAUUACAACUGCAACUGGCUCGGCGGCCAAGUCGUCGCCCACGAGAUAGACCCCCCGGGCUUCUCCUCAGCCGGCUACACCAACAUCUCCACCAGCGACGCCACCGUGCACGGCCAGGUAAAACAAGCGUCCUCCUUUGCCUUCGCGCGCAUCUACGAGAGCGGGCACGAAGUGCCGUUCUACCAACCGCUGGCCUCGCUCGAGAUCUUCGAGCGCGCCAUAAAGGGCCUUGAUAUUGCCACGGGCGAGUGCAAGGUGAGUGGGAGUGGGUAUUUGACCAAUGGGACGGCGGAGAGUACGUAUAGGGAGGGCAACGGCACGAUUGUCUGGGAUGUGCUGCCGACGAGUGCUAUUUAUAACACUACGACGGGGAGGCCGGCGAAGAGGGCUUCGGAGGGGAAGAGGGGGCUUCAGGGUAAAUUGAGCCAUGCGGGGAAGAAAUUCAAGAUCUGA